CCUAGAAUGACUAAAAUACCCUAUAAAACACCAUUUUCAUCAUUUUGAUCGUUCCUUCCCCCUCUAAUAUUUGGUUUUGGCCAUAUUUGGGUUGAAAUCUUGAAGAACAGUGUACCUUGACAGUUGAUAUCCUUCCUCUGCUUCAUUACUCUUUUGGUGCUCUGCUUUCUCUCUCUUCUUCUGACCCACGUUCUUCUGCAUUUUCUCUAUUUUUUGUCACAAAAUUGCAGUUUUACCAUCACCAUUUUCGCAGUUCAGCCUUACAGGUGAUAUGGACCCUCAAAGUAUCCGGCCAGACAAAGGGAAACAGAUCAUGAUAAUAGAGGAUCAAGAUAGUAGCUGGCCAGACAAAGGGAAACAGAUCAUGAUUACAAAGGAUUCAGAAGUUCAUUCUCCAGUAAGUUAUGAGGAGGACUGGGACACUGAUGAUGAGCUAGAAAUGCAGUUUUUUCAGGCUUUUGAUGAUCAAGGCGUGGCUUAUGAGCAUGAUUCUCCUGUUGACUGCUUUGAUCAUGCUUCAUCAACUGGUUCUUCCAGUUACAACCCCAACAAAGUCGACCACUUUAUGUCAAUGGGUUUUUCGGAGAAGAUGGUGGUUCAAGCCAUAAAAGAAAACGGUGAGGACAAUGAUGAAGCAAUACUCAACAGUCUUCUAACAUACUCGGUUCUUGAAAACUCUCCUGGAGAAGAUAUCAGUUCUUCUUCCAAGUCAAAGUCACCCGUUGAUAUAAAUGAGGACUUUUUAGAUGGAUUUUCGGACAGUGAUAGUGAUUGUGGAGAUGCAGAGGGAAGUGGAAGAAAUUCUGAUGACCCCAAAGAAAAAACCAUAGCAUUAAUGGUUGAUAUGGGUUACAACCUCGAGGAUGUUCUAAUUUCUUUACAGAGAUGUGGUCAUGAUGCGUCUGUUGAAGAGUUAGCUGAUUACAUAUCUGCUGCUGAAGUGGCGAAAGUUGCUGAUGCAACAGAAUUCCCAGACCGUAUUCGGACUGUUCAGAGGUUUCAGGCAGAGAAGAAGAGAAAAAUUCCUCAGCUGAGUAGUCAAAAGCCGAAAAAGAGACCAGAAAAGCCGUUGGUGCGAAAAUUCUCAAAACAGAUGGUUGGGUUUGGGCUUCCAGGGUGCCCUCCUGUUGUAUCUCAUAGGUAUCUACCCGAUGAAGCUGUAGGUCCUCCGUAUUUUUAUUAUGAGAACGUGGCUCUUACUCCUGUCGGGGUUUGGGAACACAUCUCCCGUUUCCUGUACGACAUACAGCCAGAAUUUGUGGAUUCCAUCCACUUUUCAGCAGCUGCAAGGAAAAGAGGCUACAUUCACAACCUCCCUAUCAUGAACCGGAAGCCUUUACUUCCCAUUCCACCAAAGACGAUUCAUGAAGCAAUACCUGAUACAGCAACCUGGUGGCCUUCAUGGGAUACAAGAACAAAGCUAAAUUGCCUUUUAACUUGCAUUGGAAGUGCCCAGUUGACUGAAAGAAUUAGAAAUAAGGUUAAGUCUGGUCAUCCUUCUGAUGAUGACAUUAAGUUUGUUAUCGAGCAAUGCAAGAAGUGGAACCUAGUGUGGGUUGGGAAAAAUAGGGUUGCCGUCCUUGAACCAGAAGAUAUGGAGAUGCUACUUGGGUUCCCUAAAUGUUACACAAGAGGUGUUAGCCGUACUGAUAGAUACAAAGCCUUGGGCAACUCCUUUCAGAUCGACACUGUUGCCUACCAUCUUUCAGUCCUGAAGCCAAUGUAUCCAAACGGCAUGAAUGUUCUUUCUCUCUUCUCUGGAAUUGGUGGAGCAGAAAUUGCCCUUCACAAACUAGGGAUCCCCUUGAACAAUGUUGUGUCAGUAGAGAUUUCCUCUGUGAACCGAAAAAUAGUCAAUCAAUGGUGGGAAGAAACAGAGCAAAAGGGCAGGCUGAUCCACGUUGCUGAUGUUCGAAAGAUCAAUAACUCAACAAUAGAUGGGUGGAUCGACGAGCUCAAUGGAUUUGAUCUGGUGAUUGGUGGAAGCCCUUGCAAUAACUUGGCUGGUGGCAACAGGAGGACCAGGGAUGGACUCGAGGGAGAACAUUCCUGUCUCUUCUACGAGUACUAUCGAAUCCUAGACUAUGUCAGGACGGCCAUGAAAAGGAGAGCAGCAGCAUCGUGCAGGUUCGAUUGA